GAGCGUGAGUUGCCAAUUGCUGUUCUUCCCAAAAUCCAAAUUUCGCUUCUUCUCUCGAUCUUCAGUUGUUCAGUCGUGUGAUUCUUCAUUCGUCAGAGAAAUCAAAGACUGUAUCCAAGUAUGAGGGAUUGACGGAUCAUCUGUGCUGUUCAAUCCCUCGGCUAAAACAAACGAUCAUUUCUCGCAAAAAAGUGAUCCCCAAUCCGAUUUGGAGAAGUAAAUGGGGAAUUUGUUUGUCAAGAAGCCCAAAGUCACCGACGUCGACAAGGCGAUUCUCUCUCUCAAGACGCAGAGGCGCAAGCUGGGUCAAUAUCAGCAGCAGCUUGAUGCUGUCAUUGAAGCAGAAAAGAAUGCUGCAAAAGAGUUAGUUCGUCAAAAGAAAAAGGAUCGGGCCUUGUUAGCUUUGAAGAAGAAAAAGGCACAAGAAGAAUUACUAAAGCAAGUUGAUGCCUGGCUGAUAAAUGUUGAGCAACAAUUGUCAGAUAUUGAAUUGGCCAGCAAACAGAAAGCUGUUUUUGAAAGUUUGAAGGCUGGUAAUAAUGCGAUCAAGGCUAUACAAAGUGAAAUUAAUCUAGAUGAUGUUCAAAAGCUGAUGGAUGAUACUGCCGAAGCUAAGGCAUAUCAAGAUGAAAUUAAUGCCAUCUUAGGAGAGAAAUUAUCUGAAGAAGACGAGGAGCAAAUCUUAGCAGAAUUUGAGAGCUUGGAAGCUCAGAUCACUGUCCAAGAUCUACCUGAGGUCCCAACUUCUAACGAAAACGUUGAAAAGUUGGAUCUUCCCGACGUGCCCACCAAAAAACCCGUUGCAGCCGACCCCAUUGAAGAAGAUGCUGAAAUUGUUUCAUCUGUUGCCCCCACGAAGAGAAGAGUUAUGGAAGAACCGUUGGCAGCAUGAGUGUUGGUAUUUGAAUUUGAUGUGAAGCUGCUCAAAAUGUUCAUGUCCUGGUGAAGUGCUGAGCAUCUGUUAUUUGAUUUUGUGAAUUGUUACUGAUGAUCAAGAAUGGCCCCAUUCACCAAAAUAUGAUGUACAGACAUUUCCUGAUAGAUUAACAACACGUACAUAAAUCUAUUUUCUUGUUUCCCUUUUUAUUAUUAAGAUUUGAUUAAAUUGUUACAAUAUUUAUAGUUACUUCUCUUUAAAAACUUUCUUUCUGAAAGUGUUUGAUUCCCUUGUCAAAAGAGUAUGAGGUUGUGCGUAUUUGGAUCGCAUGGAAGCAUCGGGUUUUAAGAGUUUGAAUUUAUGUAGUAUGUAUUUAGUUUGUAGGUGUGUAAUUUAUAAAAGCGAUGUUUAGUUUCGGAGUU